ACCAUCAUGAACCCUAUGUGCAGGCACCAACCCCUCCACACUCCUACCGCUUCAAACCUACUUUCAACCUUUCUCUCCACCGCUGCAACAACUUCCCUUCUAGAGCGCACAUCAUCUUUUCCCUUAAUCCUCGUUGAGUACCCUCACACCUACACAAACCAUGCCACGACCCUCGUCACAGCGCCGCCAACCAAAUCUCAGCGACUUCUACUAUCAAGGCCCUCUCACAGCCCUCGUCAAACCCUCUCCAGAAACCACAACCGCAUGGGUACUCGCCGCACACAGCCUCCGAGAGUCCCGCGCGCGCUUCGCUACCAAGAUCAAAGUCGGCGGUGAUCAGUCUGUGUGCGCACUCGACCGUUCUGCCGUCCUCGACGUCUACCAAGAAGCCCUGAAAAACAUCAGCCCUGCCAACUACCAACAAAUCACUUCCGAGACAAACCUAAAGGUCAAGACUAUCCUCAACAUCCGCCCCGCCGAGCCAGAUGAUCUGGUCUUCUCCACAGUCGGCGCGCUUCUCAGGCCCUUGGACCCUCAAUACGCUGACCCGCGCAUCGAGUAUGAGCAUGACCUGUAUGGCUAUCGAGCAGCCUGGAGGUUGGACGCUUGGAGGAAGCAAGGUUGGCCUCACGAGUAUCCAAGGGGAGCCGUGGAAGCAGAGAAAACCGAGAAUGCACAGCCACCGCAUGGCCGCGGAAGUUUGGCGAACCGCGAUAGAAAGAAUAAAAUCAUGGGCAUGUCGGACGAGGCGUUGGGAGGUGUAGUCACCAAGCUGAUUCAAGAGGUUUGAUUUAGCGCGAUAUGAUUGGUGAGGAGCGCGCCAGAGUUUGGUAGUGUUCAGGCAACUAAUACACAUGAUCUUCAUGUCUUUGAUCAUUACAAUCAUUGCUACCCUGUUCAUUUG